AUGGACUUCCAUCAUCAUCAUCACCAUCAUGAGGAUUCUUCUUCACUUGCUCUUCCCCUUUUUUCUUCUGAACCAACUUCCUCAUCCUCAACUAAACCCUCAAAAGAAAUGAUGCAAGGAAUGAGUAGUGGAUACUUUAGUAUGGGGCAAUGGCAAGAGCUUGAAAUUCAGGCAUUGAUAUAUAGACACAUGCUCACUGGCUCACCAAUUCCUGCUCAGCUUUUACACCUUUUACUCAACUCCAACUCCAACUCUACUAACUCCAACUCCCCUUUUUACCCUCUUUCCAACUUCCCUACUUUGUACCAAACAGGUGGAGGGUAUUGGGGAAAAGGGGGAAUGGACCCAGAGCCAGGAAGGUGUAGAAGGACUGAUGGCAAAAAGUGGAGAUGUUCAAGAGAUGUUGUGGCUGGUCAUAAAUACUGUGAGCGACAUAUUCACCGUGGUCGCAACCGUUCAAGAAAGCCUGUGGAAAUUCCCACACCCACCACCACGGUCACCACCACAACCAACCACAUUGGUGGGGCUUUGCCAUAUGCAACAUUGGCUAGUGGUGGUAGUAGUAGUAGUAGUAGUGGUGUGUCUGGGCAUUCUCCUUUUUUUGAUCAACUCCAUCUUAACCAAAGAUCAUCUUCACAAGGGAAGAUGCCUGAAAACAUCAAGUCAUCAGGUAGCCAAGUCCUUCGUCCCUUUUUUGACGAUUGGCCAAGAACUGUUCAAGAACAAGAAAUGCUAGCCACAAGCCUCUCCAUUUCGGUACCAGGAGACGCCCCUUCUGAUUUCUCUUUAAAACUUUCUACUGGAAACAAUGAUUCGGGGCGCCAUGGAGAAGAAAUGAAUGGUGAACGAGAACGUGCCCCAUUGAAUUGGGGCAUGCUAUGGGGUACAAACAAUGCUGGUUCAAUGGGCGGGCCGCUUGCUGAAGCACUGAGGUCGUCAUCAACGUCUAACUCUUCAUCACCAACGAGCGUUUUACAUCAGCUGCAACGCGGGUCUACUACUACUUCCGAGACGAGUUAUGUCACCACUUGA